AUGAGUAUAAGCAAUCAAGAGGCCGAGUUCAUCAAGUGUUCCAACCGGGAACGAAUUGAGGUACUUGAGGGUGUCAAUACUAGAGUCAUGGACAUCCUAAGUGAGGUCAACACCACUAUGGCCGAACUUAGAAUGGCUAUGAAUGCUACCACCCGUGAUAGUGAAGAGCAUAGAAGAGCUAUGGAGACUAUGAGAAGAGAAACACAUGAGAGUAUUGAAAGAAUUGAGAGAAGGCUUGUAGAAGGCCAAGCCCCACGGCGUGAUGAUAAUGCACAAAGGCGUGAUGCUUUUGUGGAUGGUGUUGAGACAAGCGUGACCGAGUCUUUGCAUGAUGCGAUGCAUGAGCCACCAAGAGUUGAAUUGAGAAGAGGUGGGCGUGUAGAGCAUGAUGAUGUUGCCAUGGAAAGGUGGAUUUAUGGUGGAAGCCACCAUAGAAGUCCUAGCACUAGAGGAAGACAUCAUGAUGUGAGGUAUGAGAUGCCUAGAAAUGAAGAUAACCAUGGGGCCAAGUAUGGGUAUGAAGAGGAGAGGCCUUGGGGCCAUGAAAACCGUGAUGAUAGAAGGCCUUUGGGCCAUGAAAACCGAGAGGAGAGAAGGCCUCACUACUAUGACCAAAAUGGAGGCAAUCAUGGAAGAAGGUUUGAUGAUGGAAUCCAUGAUGAGAGGAGGGGAAACCGAACUUAUGACCGGGGACCUAAGAGACCAAAGGUGGACUUCCCUAAGUUCAAUGGGGGGGAUCCAUAUGAGUGGUUGGAUAAAGUGGAUCACUACUUCCGUGUCUAUGAUGUUCCAAGGAGAGAAAGAGUGUCAACGGCUUGUUUUUACUUGGAAGGAAAAGCUAGCAAGUGGUGGAGGUGGAUAAGAGAUCAAUAUGAGAAGGAUGAAAAGAGGUUGGGAUGGACCGCCUUUGAAAAAGAAUUCUUGAUGCAAUUUGGGCCUUCACCAAUUGUCAACCAUCAUGGGCAAUUGGAAAAGUUGAAACAAGAGGGAAAAGUACACCAUUAUAUUGAGGAGUUUCGGCAACUCCAAACCUUGGUUAGGGGUUGGUCCAAAGAGGCACUAAUUGGUACUUUUGUAGAUGGGUUGAAACCUUGGCUUGCCAAGGAGAUAAAGUUGAAUCAACCAAGAAGUUUACAAGAAGUUAUGAGAAUGGCGGAGAUUCUUGAAGAGAGCACUCACAUUGAGAAGCGUCAUUCUAAGGAUAUGGGGAGCAAAGUUUCAAAACCUUUGCAAACCAAAGUUCCUUGGAAAGACAAGGAGGGAGAAGCGAGUGCAUCAAAACCAAAGCCAUAUGAAGUGAAGAAGUUGUCUAGAGAAGAGGUCCAAGAGAGGAUAAAGAAAGGUCUUUGUUUCAAAUGUGGUGACAAAUGGAGCAAAGAACACAAGUGUAGGGCCGGGCAAGCAUAUGUAUUGCUUGAAGAUGGAAGCAAUGAAGUAGAAGAUGAGACGCAUGAAGAGACAUCUAGUGAAGAGUUGAAGCAAGAGAGGGCCGAAUCUAGUGAAUCACUAGGGGAGGCCGAAUUGUCCUUGAAUGCCAUUUCGGGUGUACCUAGACCCACUUCAAUGAGAGUUAUGGUAUGGGUAGGGAAGUUUGAGGUGACUCUUUUGGUGGAUAGUGGAUCCACCCACAACUUUGUCAACUCUAAUAUUGUCACCAAGAUUGGGUUGAAGUCGUGUGCCAUAAAUCCAUUUGAGGUGAAAGUUGCAAAUGGAGACAAGUUGAAAUGUGAGGAAAUUGUUAGGGAAGUGAAGAUGAACAUACAAGGUGUGAGUAUUGUAGCCGACCUUCAUGUCUUGGCACUUGGAGGUCUUGAUAUUGUAUUGGGAAACGCUUGGCUUAGAAGCGUUGGGAAAGUGUUGAAUGAUUAUGAGAAAAUGACCAUGAAAUUCAAGAUUGGGUCAAAGAAAAAAGUGUGGACAGCAUUGUCACCCAAGGAGAUCAAGUCUUGUGAAGCUCUUGUGUUUGAGAAGUUGUACAAAGGUGGAGCCUAUUGUGUGGCCAUUGUAGUGGCCAAGGAAAACUACUUGUGUAGUGUGGAAAAGAGUGAAGAAGAAGGCAACAAAGAUGAAUUAGAGGGGCUGCCCGUGGAAGUAAGAGAAGUGUUGGAAGAUCAUAGGGGAGUUCUAGAGGUGCCUUAUAAUUUGCCACCAUCUAGAAUUUUUGAUCACCGGAUUGUGCUUGUUGAUGAAAAGAAGCCGGUGAAUGUUCCACCUUACCGUUAUGCUCAUUUUCAAAAAGGGGAGAUAGAAAGGCAAGUUGAUGAGAUGUUGAAAAAUGGCUUGAUAAGGCCAAGUACUAGUCCUUUUUCCUCUCCCGUGCUACUAGUGAGGAAGAAAGAUGGGACAUGGAGGUUUUGUACCGAUUAUAGAGCCUUAAAUGAGGCCACAGUGAAGGAUAGGUUCCCUAUCCCAACUGUGGAUGAGAUGCUUGAUGAACUUCAUGGUGCAAGAAUCUUUUCCAAGUUGGAUUUGAGGGCCGGCUACCACCAAAUAAGAAUGAAGAGUGAAGACAUACACAAGACGGCCUUUAGGACACACUCCGGGAACUUUGAGUACCUUGUUAUGCCCUUUGGAUUGUGUAAUGCUCCUUCCACUUUCCAAGCCGCCAUGGACACAAUUUUCAAGCCAUUGUUGAGGAAGUUUGUGUUGGUCUUUUUUGAUGACAUCUUGGUUUACUCCAAGACUAUUGAAGAACACAAGAGCCACUUGAGAGUUGUGUUGAGGAUCUUGGAAGAACACCACUUCUUUAUAAAGGCUUCCAAAUGUGCCUUUAUGGAGAGGGAACUAGAGUAUCUUGGCCAUUUCAUCUCGGGGGAGGGGGUGAAAGUGGAUCAAAGGAAGAUUGAGGCCAUGGUUGAAUGGCCACUACCUCAUGAUGUUUCGGCCUUGAGGGGUUUCUUGGGGUUGACCAGCUAUUAUAGGCGAUUUGUGAAGAACUAUGGGCUUAUUGCUAAGCCACUUACAUCCUUGUUGAAGAAGGAUAACUUUGCAUGGACCCAAGAGGCAAUGGAGGCCUUUGAUGAGUUGAAGAGGGCUAUGACAACCACUCCCGUGCUAGCACUACCUAACUUUGAGAAGCCUUUUGAGGUUUACACCGAUGUGAGUGGUGAAGGGAUAGGGGCUGUUUUGGUUCAAGAAAAGAGACCAAUAGCCUUUAUUUCUAAGGCACUUGGACCUAUGAAGAAAGCUUGGAGUACCUAUGCUAGGGAGAUGCUAGCGGUUGUGCAUGCCGUGAAGGUGUGGAGGCCUUAUCUGUUGGGAAGGAAGUUUACUAUUGUCACAGAUCAACAAGCAUUGAGGCAUAUGCUUAAGCAAAAGAUAGUGACACCUGAGCAACAAAAGUUCUUGGUGAAGUUGCUUGGUUGA